CCGCCAAAAAGAUCUGUAAUCGCGCCAAUAUUUACACUGCAGUUUCCCUCCACUCUACCUCUCUCUCUCUCUCUCUCCUCGAAUUCCCAGAGGCAUUUCGCCGUUCCAGCAUCUUCAUCUCUCUUUCUCUCUCUCAAAACCCCAGAGAGAUUUAUCCUCCCCCUUUUUCAAUCUCUCUCUCUAAAUCCCAAAAGAUACUUCUCCAUCCCUUUCUAAUUACAAAAUAGAGUUGCAGGCUUCAUUUCUUUCGCCGGAAAAGGGUGAAACCGAGUAGAAUUAAGGCAUCAAUGGCGGCUCCGACUGGAUGUUACAAGUGCGGACUUCCUGGCCAUUGGUCCAGAGACUGCUCCUCAUCUUCUUCGAACCCUGCGAUUUCAACUGAUCAGAGAAACCCUAACCCUAAUAUCAAGCCAUGGCAGAAAACCUCUCAGCUGUCUGCAAAUUCUAACCCUAGUUUUAAGCAGAAGAGUCCUCAAACUGUUAAGAAGGCGCCGAGGCAGAGGCCGAAGCUCACAGAAGAGCUGCUUCUCUCUGAGGACGGUUUAGGCUAUGUUCUCCAGCACUUCCCAAGGGCCAUGAAGAUCAAAGGGCCUGGUCAAGAGGUUCGUGAUCUGGGAAACUUGAUCGAGUUAUAUGCUCUAUGGCAUUCCCGUCUUCUUCCUUACUUCUCGUUUGAUCAGUUUGUGAAAAGAGUGGAAAAGGUUGGAGCAACAAAACGAGUGAGGAUGUGUAUUAGAGAGUUGAAAGAGAGAGUUGCCAGAGGAGGAGAUCCCUCAAAGUUAUAUGAGCUACCUGUUGAACCAGCUGAUCAAAAUAAUCCACCAGAGGAUAUUGAGGACUCCGUUCCUGAUUUAGUGGAACCCCCCGUGGAGAACCAUGAAGUUGAUGUGAUAAAUGAAGAAAUGUUUGAUGAGAUCUAUAAACAAGCAGUUGAAGAGCCUCCUUGUCAAACUUCACCACAUUCAGAUGCCACCAUCAAUCCUUCCAUUGAAAGUUCAGAGGCACGAAAUGUCACACAGGUGAAGGCGCUACCAUGCAAUACACAAAACAAAUUCCAAGUAACAGAAGAACAGAGAGCUAGGAUGGAGGCUAACAGGCUAAAGGCCUUAGAGAGAGCUGCCUCGAGAAAAUCUCAACUUUCUCAAGCACAAUGAUGCUCACUCUUGGGCUGGGCUUGCUGAGACUGAUUGGCAGUCCUAGCUAUGAUGGGCUACCUGGCUCUGGACAACUCACUGUGAUUCUUGGUUUGGGUUCAUUUGGAACCAGGGACCCCUGGAGCCCACUCAGGCAACUUCAAGUUGGCUUGCUAAUUUUUUGACUAUUGCUAAGAAAAUUCAUUGUAUGUGGAAUCAUCACUAUUCAUUGAAGUGGUGGAUUUCGAUGGGGAAAGUUCAGGAUGGACCAGUGGAUUAUGUGUUUGCCAUAGUCCAUGUGAUUAUAAUGGACUUGUACAUUUAUUACAUGAAAAAUCUUUGGGAGCUGAAAUAUGCUAAACCUAUUGUUUGUUUGGGGAGCAACUACAAUUGUGACCCAUCCAAAUAAAGAAGGAAAACUCUACCAUGUGAUGGGGGUGCAUUUCUACUUUUGGGGCCCCUAGGCAUAAAGCAUUCAUGUUAAAGAUGGAUGCAAAUGGGUGAUCCAUCCAAAAGUAGUUGUAAC